CUUCAACUACAUUAGAAUACAACAAACAAUAUAUUUACAAAUCACCACAAAACCAAUAUCAAUGGUUUUGUAAUGCAUUUGCAUAUGGCCUUAUGAUCAUCACAGAAGAUCCUAUAUAUCCAAAGAAGUUAGCAUGCGAAGAAUCAAACAAAGUGUGGAAAGAAAUUAAAAACAAAUCCAAAAACGUAAUAGAAAACAUUAUAGAAAGUUUAACUAUAAAUACAAUUCCUACUAUUCUAGACCUAGUUCCUGCUCAAAAUUUCACUGCUGCUUCUUCAGUUCAGAAUAGAAUAAUCGGGGAGAUCGUUGUUCCAGAUGCACCACCACCAAAUGCUGCGGCGCAGCAUAAAGUAACAGAAGCCAUUGUUAAAAUAAAUAGUGAAAUUGAGAAAUGUCAAAAAACCUAUAACACAACAACCGACCAAGAGGUCAAGUUUAAAUUAUUAGAACACAUACAAUGUCUUAAGCAAACUCUCUAUACUGAGAACAAAGAGUUACAAGAAAAUCAACAAGUAGUGAAAUACGAUUCGCCCGAGCAUCCUUCUUUAUUGUUCAAGCAUCCAGACUUGCUUGAACAAAUUCAUAAUAAAAAAAAUUAUAAUGAACACAUCUCUUAUACUACAGUAUGUAAUUACCUGUUACCACGUCAUCAAAAUUCUAUAGCAGCAAGAAAGCACCAUCAUCCGACUAAUAUUCAG